CCUCCGCAGCCUACAGCGUAGCAUACUUCCCCCAGGUUGGGUCCAGGUCCCCACAGCCUGUCCUCUCGCCCCUCACCUUCAGCAGCUUCUCGCAUACGAGACCUGAUUGGUUGACCUCGGACACCUCACCGAUUAACUGUUAAAGAAGGUUCUACUUCUACAUCUGGAGAAAACUCUUUUUAAGAAGGUCAACCUCAAUUAAACAUUCUUAUCAAAUGACUCUGGGGAAUUUUCAACUAAAAUGGAGGCGGUACUUGCGAGAAGGCUGUGGUCUGCUGUAAGGCAGGACGAUGCCGAGGCUGCCAGGAAGUGCAUCGAUUCGGGAGCAGAUGUUGCAAUUAAAGACGAAUCUGGAGACACUCCUCUCCACUACGCCUCAAAGCAUGGCAGCUUGCCGAUGGUCAAAGUCCUCUUGGAUGCCGGGGCUAACCCAGACGCUACCAAUGACAGUCAGCAAACGCCACUCCAGUAUGCAUCAGAAAGAGGCAAAGUGAAAAUAACUAAACUCCUUUUUGAAAGCAAGGGUCGCACACCUGUCCAGACUGCCUCAACUUACAAGCAGAGACCAAAGACGGUGAGCAAGAAUGUAAUCACGAACAAUCAAACUAUCAAGAGUACCCAAGUACCAGGUGCAGCGAAUUAUAUUUCUAAAGCUUGGUCAGUAUGUAUAUCGAAAAUAGUUGAAGUGUUAAAAUUAAUUCCCUGGUUUGGUACAACCAAGGACUUGUCCACACAUCUUCAUUUGUCUGCUGCCCGGGGCAGCCCUGAAGGGGUUGAUUUACCCUUUGAAAAGAUUGUAGACCCUGACGCCGAAAACCUAGCAUGCGACACGCCGCUCUAUCUUAGCUUAGGAAGGGAAAUUGUUUCUCUGUUGGCAACUGUAGCGAACAUCUCGAAGUCAAGUGCCACGUAUGAGGUUUUUUUAGACUAUGCCAGAAAUGAAGAAAGUAGCCCUGCACUGGAAGCACUGGAUGUUUCUCUUCUGUCCCAAAAAGGGAACACACGGCUUCACAUCGUGUGUCUAGUUGGACAUACUGAAGCAGUGGAUAUUUUAUUGGAAAACCAUGCCAACCCUAACAGUUCCACUGAAUCUGGCCAUACACCUUUACAUUAUGCUUCUCUCGGAGGAUAUACAAAAAUAGUUCAAAGGCUCAUCGACGUGGGAGCAGACGCCAAUGCAGUUGACAGGCACGGUUGUACAGCACUGCACUACGCUGGCUCAGUGGGACACAUUUCAGCUGUGGAAGAACUUGUAAGAUGCGGAGCAGACUUGCAGAACCUCUCAGACGCCGGAAAAUCUGUUCUCCACUAUGCCUCUUUCUACGGGAGAUUGGAAGUUGUUCAAAGACUGGUUAUUGAGCAUCCCGAUCUCAUCACCUUCCGGGACAAGUUGGAGCUCUCUGCAGAAGACACAGCUGACAUUCGCGGUCAAGUUCAUUCAGCUUGGUGGCUUCGCAAGCAAGCCAAGAGAGAUGCUACAUAUAAAGGUUUCCAUGGUUGUAGAAUGGACGUCUGCAAGAGGGAUAUGCUAUUUUCUGGAUCACUGAGCUUUCAGUGUGCCAGUAAAAAACAGGAAAAGGAUGCAGGCGUCUUAGCAAGUAGCGUUGACUUCGGUCUGUGCGAGAUCCACUUCCAGGACCGGCAAGGGUGGACGCUCCUCCACGCGGCUGCCGAGCAGAACAACCUUCCCAUCAUCAGGAUCCUUUUGGAGCGAGGCGCCCUGCCCACGGCUCUCACCUUCAACGGCAAGACUCCCAGCGACUUUGCCCGCGAGAAAGGUCACUUGCAGGCUUACAAUAUGAUCAGCAAUUACAUUUGUGAAACCAAAGGAAGUCCUGAAGAGCUGUUUGUAGCUCUGCUUAGCCUGAUAACGGAAACCGCAUACUACAAUGCCUAUGCAGCAACAACACCUCAUGACCUCGAGUCCACGGACGCCAGCCCCAAGGGUCAGAACCCGUCGCUGUCGGCCGUGAGGAAGGCAUCGUCGCUCCUGACCUCGGGCGCCCCGCUCGAGCCUCCCGGGUCCCACACCUGCUACCCGCUUCACCUCGCCAUCACCGCCAACUGCACUCCCCUCCUGCCCUCCUUCUGGCCGCCGGGGCGCCGCUCACGGCCACCAGGGACGGCCUUGGCCCGGUGCAGCUCGCGUGGCUCACGCCCGACAUCACCACCUGGGUCGCUGUGCUGGUCACCAGGGCUGUCAGAGACCGGAUAGCGAUGGAGAUGCAGCCCCUGGAUGACGCCCUUCAGGCAGCUGCACGGGCGCUGCUGGAGGCCCUGGACGGAGAGAGGCCGUGGGAGGCCGCGCUCGAGCGCCCCGCCGGCUCC